UACAGCUUAUAUGUAGUCAAUUCUGUGAUUUUAAUCAAAACAAAACAAAUCCCAUGCCUUCCAAAUCUUGCGAAUUGUUUAAUUGAACAUGAAUACUAAAGGCUUUUUCGAUUUAUGUAUACCUCAGAAACAUUUUAUGGGUGAUAACUGUGUCACCACAUUGAAAUUUUUACGAAAAUAUGGCUACAGAACUAUUGCGAUAAAUCAUGAAGUGAGGGAGAGUUCAGAAUUAAGUAAUGAAAAUAAAAAGAAAAAAAAGAAAGGUGUUGUGAAAGACAACAACGAAAUAAUUCCAGAACCAAUACAAAUAGAUAAAACUAUUUUGGAAGAAUUUAAGGACAUGACAAUAUUGAACCGAUUAACAGUCACCUUUUCAGAUAAAGAUUUUUAUUACAAAUUGACUAAAUCUACAAAUUUGAAAAAAUAUCAUAUAUUAGCGGUAUUGCCAACAACAAAAAUAGCUUUUAUGUUUAUAUGUACUAGUGUUGAAGCGGAUAUAAUAGGUUAUGAUUCAGAAGAGAAAGCUCCAUACAAAAUACAAAGGAAUCUAUAUAAUCAUCUUGUGAAGAAAGGAUUUUUCUUUGAAUUAUUGUAUGCUCCUACAAUAGAAGAUUCAACCAAACGAAAAAAUACUAUAGAUAGGUCCCACAUGUAUCACACUUAUGGAAAAUCAAAAAACAUAAUUAUCUCAAGUGGAGCUUCUAACUUGAUACAUUUGCGGCAAGCUUAUGAUAUUAUAAACUUAGGUAUAAUUUUUGGCUUAAAUAUGCAGCAAGCUAAAGAUGCUGUUUCAUUUUGUGGAUCCGAGCUGUGUACAAAAGCUGUUGGUCGAUGUCAUGGAAAAUCUAUUGUUAUGGUUGAGACAAUUGUUAUCGAUAGUGAUAUAAGUACUGUUCAAAUAGAAGACUCAGAUGAUGAGGAAAUGGCAGUAGAUGAACCAGAACCUAAGAGGUCGAGAAAGGAGGACAGUGUUACAGAAAUAAUAUAGAAAGAUGAUUUAUUUGUUUAUUUUCCACCCAAGAAAAUUGUACAAAAAUCUUUCCAUAUUUGUUACUUUUGUCAAAAAUAUAUUUAUUUCUGUAUU